AAAAAUCUUGGAAACUCAGGCCUCGUCGCAAAAGGUUUUCACAGAGACGCUGGAUUACAUCCGGAAUUACGCUGAAGCUUGUCUCGAAGUGACGCAGACGUCAGAAGCGAGAAUGCAGCUUCAACUCAACAUCCUGUACACGACCAUCGCACAAGACGACGGGCAGACGAGUGCCCGGAUCGCGGCUUCGGCUGGCAAGGACAGUACUUCGAUGAAGAUUAUCGCUCUGAUCACAGCUGCUUAUCUCCCCGGCACGUUCGUGGCGACGCUGUUCAGUAUGAGCAUGUUUGUCUGGCAGAAUGGUGAAAAUUCUGAGGAAAGCAAUGUGUCCCCUGACUUUUGGGUUUAUUGGGCUGUCACUAUCCCUCUUACGAUUUUUACGAUUGCCGGGUGGGGGGUUUGGUGGAAGUUUGAGGAGCAUCGGUUUGAUAGAGAUGUUCAGCAAGCAGUCAGCGAUCGGCCGAAGCCGAGGAAAGGGAUAAGGAUGUGGUGAAGGAUGGAGCAUUGCAAGCAUGUCGACAUCCCGCGCUUGAAACAUCGUCCUUUCCGGUCCCGGAGUGCGAUUUGACGAUUCGUCAGGCCUCUGCGUGCGGCAAAAGUUCUUCACAAUGCAAUGCAUCGACGAGUGAGGUUGGGUCGUGGCCGAGCGGUCUGGCUUUCGGCUGGAAGCUCUCGACCGCCCAGGUCCUUUGAAAGCUAUGGAUCUAUUGGAUACAGCAUCUGAGAUAUUCACUACAGCCACUAGUAAGGCUCUUCACCU